ACCGGGAGACGGCGGCGGCUGCGAGGCCCGGGCGCGGGGCGGAGGCGGCGGCGGGACGCGGGGACCAUGGCGGCCGCUGAGCGCCGCGCCUUCGCGCACAAGAUCAACAGGACGGUGGCCGCAGAGGUGCGGAAGCAGGUGUCCCGGGAACGCAGUGGCUCCCCCCACUCCAGCAGGCGCUGCAGCAGCUCCCUGGGGGUCCCGCUGACUGAAGUUGUUGAGCCGCUGGACUUUGAGGACGUACUUCAGAGCCGGCCACCAGAAGCUGAGCCUGGGCCCCUCAGGGACCUGGUAGAAUUCCCAGCUGAUGACUUGGAGCUGCUGCUGCAGCCCCGGGAAUGCCGGACCACAGAGCCCGGGAUCCCCGAGGAUGAAAAACUGGAUGCCCAGGUGAGGGCCGCGGUGGAGAUGUAUGUUGAAGACUGGGUCAUCAUCCACAGAAGAUACCAGUACCUGAGCACCGCAUACAGCCCCAUCACCACGGAGACACAGCGAGAGCGACAGAAGGGCCUCCCCCGCCAGGUCUUUGAGCAGGACACUUCUGGGGACGAGAGGUCCGGCCCUGAGGACUUGGAUGACUCCCGGCGCGGCUCGGGCUCCCCAGAAGACACCCCUCGAAGCAGCGGAGCCUCUAGCAUCUUCGACCUGAGGAACCUGACAGCUGAUUCACUGCUGCCCUCACUGCUGGAACGAGCGGCCCCAGAAGACGUGGACCGGCGCAAUGAGGCCCUACGUCGGCAGCACCGGCCCCCAGCCCUGCUCACCCUCUACCUGGCGCCUGAUGAGGAUGAAGCCGUGGAACGCUGCAGCCGUCCAGAGCCACCCCGCGAGCACUUUGGACAGCGGAUCUUGGUCAAAUGUCUUUCGCUCAAGUUCGAGAUUGAAAUUGAGCCCAUCUUUGGGAUCUUGGCUCUGUACGACGUGCGGGAGAAAAAGAAGAUCUCAGAGAACUUCUACUUCGACCUGAACUCGGACUCCAUGAAAGGGCUGCUUCGGGCUCAUGGCACCCACCCUGCCAUCUCCACCCUGGCCCGCUCCGCCAUCUUCUCAGUGACCUACCCCUCGCCUGACAUCUUCCUGGUCAUCAAGCUGGAGAAGGUGCUUCAGCAAGGGGACAUCAGUGAGUGCUGUGAGCCUUACAUGGUGAUGAAAGAAGUGGACGCCGCCAAGAACAAAGAGAAGCUAGAGAAGCUGCGCCUGGCGGCCGAGCAGUUCUGCACCCGCCUGGGCCGCUACCGCAUGCCCUUCGCUUGGACGGCCGUGCACUUGGCCAACAUCGUGAGCAGCGCUGGGCAGCUGGACCGGGACUUGGACUCGGAGGGCGAGCGCCGGCCAGCCUGGACGGACCGCCGCCGUCGGGGACCCCAGGACCGGGCGAGCAGCGGAGACGAUGCCUGCAGCUUCUCUGGCUUCCGUCCGGCCACACUAACUGUCACAAACUUCUUUAAGCAGGAGGCUGAACGACUCAGCGAUGAGGACCUCUUCAAGUUCCUGGCUGACAUGAGGCGCCCAUCGUCCCUGCUGCGGCGCCUGCGUCCUGUGACUGCCCAGCUCAAGAUCGACAUUUCUCCAGCUCCUGAAAAUCCCCACUUCUGCCUCUCCCCUGAGCUGCUUCAUAUCAAGCCCUACCCAGACCCCAGGGGCCGGCCCACCAAGGAGAUCCUGGAGUUCCCUGCCCGAGAAGUCUACUCCCCCCAUACCAGCUACAGGAACCUGCUGUAUGUGUACCCGCACAGCCUCAACUUCAGCAGCCGCCAGGGCUCCGUGCGCAACCUUGCUGUGCGAGUGCAGUACAUGACAGGCGAGGACCCCAGCCAGGCCCUGCCGGUCAUCUUUGGCAAGUCCAGCUGCAGUGAAUUUACCCGUGAGGCCUUCACACCGGUGGUCUACCAUAACAAGUCCCCCGAGUUCUAUGAGGAGUUCAAGCUGCGCCUUCCAGCCUGCGUGACGGGGAACCAUCACCUGCUGUUCACCUUCUACCACGUCAGCUGCCAGCCCCGGCCGGGCACUGCCCUGGAGACGCCCGUGGGCUUUACUUGGAUCCCACUGCUGCAGCACGGCCGCCUGAGGACUGGCCCCUUCUGUCUCCCGGUGUCCGUGGACCAGCCGCCACCCAGCUAUUCCGUGCUCACACCCGACGUGGCGCUGCCGGGCAUGCGCUGGGUGGACGGUCACAAGGGCGUGUUCAGUGUGGAGCUCACGGCCGUGUCCUCUGUGCACCCCCAGGACCCCCACCUGGACAAGUUCUUCACUCUGGUGCACGUCCUGGAGGAGGGGGCCUUCCCAUUCCGGCUCAAGGAUGCUGUGCUGAGCGAGGGUAACGUGGAACAGGAGCUGCGGGCCAGUCUUGCGGCCCUGCGCCUGGCCAGCCCUGAACCCCUUGUGGCCUUCUCCCACCACGUGCUGGACAAGCUCGUGCGUCUGGUCGUCAGGCCCCCGAUCAUCAGUGGCCAGAUUGUGAACCUGGGCCGUGGAGCCUUUGAAGCAAUGGCCCAUGUAGUCAGCCUUGUCCACCGGAGCCUGGAGGCAGCCCAGGAUGCCCACGGCCACUGCCCACAGCUGGCUGCCUACAUUCACUAUGCCUUUCGACUGCCUGGCACUGAGCCCAGCCUCCCGAGUGGGGCCCCUCCAGUGACAGUACAGGCUGCCACACUGGCCCGUGGCUCUGGUCGCCCUGCAAGCCUCUACCUGGCCCGUUCCAAGAGCAUCAGCAGCAGCAACCCUGACCUCGCCGUGGCCCCUGGCUCUGUGGAUGAUGAGGUUUCCCGCAUCCUGGCCAGCAAGGGCAUCGAUCGCUCACACUCCUGGGUGAAUUCUGCUUAUGCUCCGGGAGGCAGUAAGGCUGUGCUGCGACGGGCACCCCCUUAUUGUGGGGCCGACCCCAGACAGCUGCUUCAUGAGGAGCUGGCUCUGCAGUGGGUGGUGAGCAGCAGUGCGGUGCGCGAGGCCAUCCUCCAGCAUGCCUGGUUCUUCUUCCAGCUCAUGGUGAAGAGUAUGGCGCUGCACCUGCUUCUUGGCCAGCGACUGGACACGCCCCGCAAGCUGCGCUUCCCUGGGCGCUUCCUGGACGACAUCACUGCCUUGGUGGGCUCUGUGGGCCUGGAGAUCAUCACCCGUGUCCACAAGGAUGUGGAGCUGGCCGAGCGCCUCAACGCCAGCCUGGCCUUCUUCCUCAGUGACCUUCUGUCCCUGGUGGACCGAGGCUUCAUCUUCAACCUGGUCCGGGGCCACUACAAGCAGGUGGCCACGCGGCUUCAGUCAUCCCCCAAUCCAGCCGCUCUGCUGACCCUGCGCAUGGAAUUCACCCGCAUCCUGUGCAGCCACGAGCACUACGUCACCCUCAACCUCCCCUGCUGCCCCCUGUCGCCCCCAGCCUCGCCCUCCCCCUCUGUGUCCUCUACCACCUCCCAGAGUUCCACCUUCUCCAGCCAAGCCCCGGACCCCAAGGUGACCAGCAUGUUCGAACUGAGUGGACCAUUCCGGCAGCAGCACUUCCUAGCUGGGCUCCUGCUGACGGAGCUGGCGCUGGCCCUUGAGCCUGAGGCUGAGGGGGCAUCCCUGUUGCACAAGAAGGCCAUCAGUGCUGUGCACAGCCUGCUAUGCAGCCAUGACACUGACCCCCGCUACGCCGAGGCCACUGUGAAGGCUCGUGUGGCCGAGCUGUACCUGCCACUGCUAUCGAUUGCACGGGACACCUUGCCACGGCUGCAUGACUUUGCUGAGGUCCCAGGUCAGCGGUCAAGACUGGCCUCAAUGCUUGACUCAGACACAGAAGGCGAAGGGGACAUUUCGGGCACCAUCAACCCCUCUGUGGCCAUGGCCAUUGCUGGUGGCCCCCUAGCCCCUGGCUCCCGGGCCAGCAUCUCCCAGGGGCCACCAACGGCUUCUCGGGCAGGCUGUGCCCUCUCUGCUGAGUCAAGCCGGACCUUGCUGGCGUGUGUGCUGUGGGUGCUGAAAAACGCAGAGCCAGCACUCCUGCAGCGCUGGGCCACUGACCUGACACUCCCCCAGCUGGGACGUCUCUUGGACUUGCUGUACCUCUGCCUGGCUGCCUUCGAGUACAAGGGGAAAAAAGCCUUUGAGCGCAUCAACAGCCUCACAUUCAAAAAAUCACUGGAUAUGAAGGCGCGACUAGAGGAAGCCAUCCUAGGCACCAUUGGAGCUCGACAAGAAAUGGUUCGGCGAAGUCGUGAGAGGAGCCCAUUUGGGAAUCCAGAGAACGUGCGCUGGCGGAAGAGCAUCACACACUGGAAGCAAACCUCAGACCGCGUGGACAAGACCAAGGAUGAAAUGGAACACGAGGCCUUGGUGGAAGGGAACCUGGCAACCGAGGCAAGCCUAGUGGUUCUGGACACACUGGAGAUCAUCGUGCAGACGGUGAUGCUGUCAGAAGCCCGGGAGAGCGUCUUAGGGGCAGUGUUGAAGGUUGUGCUGUAUAGCCUGGGCAGUGCCCAGAGUGCCCUCUUCUUGCAGCAUGGCCUGGCCACCCAGCGGGCCCUUGUGUCCAAGUUCCCGGAGCUGCUGUUCGAGGAGGACACGGAGCUGUGUGCCGACCUGUGCCUGAGGCUCCUGCGACACUGUGGCAGCCGCAUCAGCACCAUCCGCACACACGCCAGCGCCUCGCUGUACCUGCUCAUGCGACAGAACUUCGAGAUCGGCCACGUGAGUGGGGCAAGGAGGUGUGGUCCACACAGGGCUCUGGUCAGGGUGGCCAGUGGGGGAUGGACAAUUGGGAAGCAGGUCCCCUCCUCACAUCCCCCCUCACCUCACCCCGACUCCAGAAUUGCCCGGGGCUACCAGGGCUCGCCGGACCUGCGGCUGACGUGGCUGCAGAACAUGGCCGGGAAGCACGCGGAACUGGGCAACCACGCCGAGGCCGCCCAGUGCAUGGUGCACGCCGCCGCCCUCGUGGCCGAGUACCUCGCGCUGCUCGAGGACCGCCGCCACCUGCCUGUGGGCUGCGUUUCCUUCCAGAACAUCUCAUCCAACGUGCUAGAGGAGUCUGCCAUCUCCGACGACAUCCUGUCGCCCGACGAGGAGGGCUUCUGCUCCGGGAAGCACUUCACUGAGCUGGGGCUGGUCGGGUUGCUGGAAGAGGCAGCCGCCUACUUCACCAUGGGCGGGCUCUACGAGGCGGUGAAUGAGGUCUACAAGAACCUUAUCCCCAUCCUGGAAGCCCACCGUGACUACAAGCGGCUGGCUGUGGUACAUGGCAAACUGCAGGAAGCCUUCACCAAGAUCAUGCAGCAGAGUUCCGGCUGGGAGCGCGUGUUUGGGACAUAUUUCCGCGUGGGCUUCUACGGCGCCCGCUUCGGUGACCUGGAUGAGCAGGAGUUUGUGUACAAGGAGCCAUCGAUCACGAAGCUGGCAGAGAUCUCACACCGGCUGGAGGAGUUCUACACGGAGAGAUUUGGUGAUGACGUGGUUGAAAUUAUCAAAGACUCUAACCCUGUGGACAAGUCCAAGCUCGACUCACAGAAGGCCUAUAUCCAGAUCACAUACGUGGAACCGUACUUUGAUACCUACGAGCUCAAAGACCGGGUGACCUACUUUGACCGCAACUAUGGGCUUCGCACGUUCCUGUUCUGCACACCCUUCACACCGGACGGGCGCGCACACGGGGAGCUUCCAGAGCAGCACAAGCGUAAGACGCUGCUCAGCACCGACCACGCCUUCCCCUACAUCAAGACUCGCAUCCGUGUGUGCCACCGUGAGGAGACAGUGCUGACACCGGUGGAAGUGGCCAUUGAGGACAUGCAGAAGAAGACACGGGAGCUGGCCUUUGCCACCGAGCAGGACCCACCAGAUGCUAAGAUGCUGCAGAUGGUGCUUCAGGGCUCCGUGGGGCCCACCGUGAACCAGGGUCCCCUGGAGGUGGCCCAGGUGUUUUUAGCAGAGAUCCCAGAAGACCCCAAGCUCUUCCGUCAUCACAACAAAUUGCGGCUCUGCUUCAAGGACUUCUGCAAGAAAUGUGAGGAUGCGCUGCGGAAAAAUAAGGCCCUGAUUGGGCAGGACCAGAAGGAGUACCACCGCGAGCUGGAGCGUAACUACUGCCGCCUGCGGGAGGCUCUGCAGCCCCUGCUCACCCAGCGCCUGCCCCAGCUGCUGGCACCUGCCCCACCUGGCCUCAGGAACUCCUUGAACAGAGCAAGUUUCCGAAAGGCAGACCUCUGAGCCCGCAGGGACCAAAGCUGCACCUACAGGAAUGGGCACCCAGGCCUCAGCUGUCUGUGCUGGGAGGAGAGUCUCCUCUGGUGCCCACUGGGCUGUGGGGUGACCACAUUGUACUUGGGGCUGGGCCCUCUGUCCCUGUGUCCCCAUUUGUGUGCACACUGAUGCUUCCUCCUCCCUUUUUUAAUUUAAAAUGGUUUUUAUAAGCAA